CAAUUUACCCAAAAUGUUCAGUUUAUUGCAUCAGAAAAGUAGUCAGAAGAAGUAAAAGAUAAAAACUACAUUCGAAAAACUUGUGCUAUCUAAGCAAACAAUAACAUUUCACCAUUAAUACUCAUACUGUUAGGCAACUAAAAUGAAGAAAGAGAAACAGAAGAAUACUGCUGUCGCUGGAGACGCUGGCAAAUCAGUAAAAGAACUGAACCCCUGGCCAACAUAUAUAGCAGAACGUGAUGCUUUAUGGGAGAAAUGUAAGGCAAAAUAUCUUGCAGAAAUAGCCGCUAAACCACGCGAUACUAUUAAAGUAACCUUACCAGAUGGUAAGCAAGUUGAUGCUGUAUCAUGGGAAACCACGCCUUAUGAUGUGGCAAAAGGUAUUAGCCAAGGUUUGGCAGAUAACACAGUCAUCUCCAAAGUAAAUGGCGUCGUAUGGGAUUUAGAUCGCGUCUUAGAAGGAAAUUGCUCAUUACAAUUGCUGAAAUUUGAUGAUCCAGAUGCUCAGGCUGUGUUCUGGCAUAGUUCAGCUCAUAUUAUGGGUGAGGCAAUGGAACGCAUAUAUGGCGGUCAUUUGUGCUAUGGACCGCCAAUUGAAAGUGGUUUCUACUAUGAUAUGCAUAUAGAAGGUGAUGGUAUAUCUACAAAUGAUUAUCCUGCUAUGGAAGGUUUGGUGAAACAAAUCGUCAAAGAGAAACAGCCAUUUGAACGUUUGGAAAUGAAAAAAUCAGAUUUACUUGAAAUGUUUAAAUACAAUGAAUUUAAGUGCCGCAUACUUAAUGAAAAAGUCGACACUGACACAACCACUGUUUACAAAUGCGGAUCAUUGAUUGAUUUGUGUCGCGGUCCACAUGUUCGUCAUACUGGCAAAAUAAAGGCACUUAAAAUAACCAAAAACUCUUCUACCUACUGGGAAGGCAAAGCUGAUGCAGAAACAUUACAACGCGUUUAUGGCAUUUCAUUUCCAGAUCCUAAACAAUUAAAGGAAUGGGAGAAAAUACAAGAAGAAGCUGCUAAACGUGAUCAUCGUAAACUUGGACGCGAACAGGAACUAUUUUUUUUCCAUGAAUUGUCUCCUGGUUCAUGUUUUUUCCAACCUCGAGGCGCACACAUUUAUAACACACUCAUUAAUUUUAUAAAAGCUGAAUACAGAAAACGAGGUUUUCAAGAAGUUAUUUCACCGAAUAUUUACAACUCAAAAUUAUGGAUGACAUCUGGCCAUUGGCAACAUUAUGCUGAGAAUAUGUUUUCGUUUGAAGUGGAAAAGGAAACUUUUGCACUUAAGCCAAUGAAUUGCCCUGGUCAUUGUCUUAUUUUUGAUAACCGUAAUCGAUCUUGGCGAGAGUUACCGCUUCGAAUGGCCGAUUUUGGUGUGUUACAUCGUAAUGAGCUAUCAGGUGCACUCACUGGUCUCACUCGCGUGCGUCGUUUCCAACAAGAUGAUGCGCACAUAUUCUGUGCUCCAGAACAGAUUAAAAGCGAAAUGAAGGGUUGUUUGGACUUUUUACGCCAUGUUUAUGGUAUAUUUGGUUUCUCAUUCAAUUUAGUAUUAUCUACACGACCUGAAAAAUACCUCGGCGAGCUGGAACAAUGGAAUGAUGCGGAAAAGGCGCUAGCCGAAUCACUCGAUGAGUUCGGUAUGCCUUGGAAAGAAAAUCCAGGCGAUGGAGCAUUUUAUGGUCCAAAAAUCGAUAUUACCAUUAUGGAUGCAUUAAAACGUGCUCAUCAAUGCGCUACCAUUCAACUAGAUUUUCAACUGCCAAUACGUUUUAACUUAAAUUAUAUUGCAGACGAUGGAGAGAAGAAGCGACCUGUCAUUAUACAUCGUGCUAUACUCGGAUCAGUAGAACGUAUGAUUGCGAUUUUGACUGAAAAUUAUGCAGGUAAAUGGCCUUUCUGGCUAUCACCACGUCAAGUAAUGGUAGUACCAGUUGGACCUAGUUUCGAUGAAUAUGCACAUUCAGUAAAAGAACAGCUCCAUGCUGCUGGUUUUAUGGCUGAGGCCGAUGUUGAUGCGGGCGAUACUAUGAACAAGAAGAUACGUAACGCACAGCUUGCACAGUUUAAUUUCAUUUUAGUUGUUGGUGAAAAGGAACGUUCGUCCAAUACUGUGAAUGUGCGCACACGUGACAAUAAGGUACAUGGUGAGGUUUCAGUUGCAGACUUAAUAACAAAAUUACAAAAGAUACGAGAUGAAUUUAUAACAGACGAAGACAAUUUCUAAACAACGUCUGUGAUUUCGUAAAGUAUCACACUCACACUAUUUAAUUUAUUUUUAAAAUAUAUACACUUAUUUAUCUUUGAAAAAGGAAAAAUUGUAAUUGCUUACAAAUUAUUAUCUACAUCUUUUGCUUCAAAAUUAUUAAAAACUAUGGAAAAAAAUAUUUAAAAUUGUCAUUAAUGGCUGGCUUUAUCGUAAAAUCUAAAACC